UCUGAAUCAAAGUCACCUCGGCGCUUUAUAUACCGCGAACUUUCAGAAAUGUGGAGGCCGAACUGAGUAAUGAAAAUAUUGCAGAACCGUGAGAACGUCUGAAACUGGUACAGAUGUAAUUACUAACGUGACAUGUUUACUCUGGUGGGUCAUCAUAGUUAUCUGCUUUAAAGCAAGGAUACAGGUUGACGUCAACAUGAGUGCCAAACAAAUGGUAGCAGUGCUUCAGGACCUGGGCUAUCCCAAGGCUAGUAAACUAGACCCCAAGGGCCUUGAGUGGAUGUUUGAAAAUGACACUAUGCUACCUUUUCUGGAGUGGUUUUGCAACAGUGUCAGUUCUGCAAAUGUUCUCCCUAAGGAAGAAGUGAAGCAGUUCCAUUCAUUUGAGAAUACUGAGGAGGGCAUUCUAGAGGGCGAUCAGCUGGAACAAGCGUUAAAAAACUUGAAAAUUUCUCAGAAUGAGCAAGUGACUGAGGCAGAUUUACAACAUGAGAUUGACCAGUUAUCACAGAGUUUGGAGAGAGGCAGAAAAAGAAAACAAAGUCUUAUGCAGAAAAGAAAUAAACUAAGUCUUCAUCAUACUUCAAUGAAUCAUCGACAGUCUAAGCUUUCUCAGAUCGAAACAAAAGUGAAAUCGCAGUACAAGGGAAGAUUGGAGCAAAACCUUACAGACAAUGCUAAGGUAAAUUCUAGUUUGGAGCACCUGGUGGAGACAGUCGGACAGCUGAGUGAAGUCUACGAGUUGCCUGUUCAGGAGAAAAGCAAGGAAGCCAUACCCAUGUUUCUGUCUCAGCUUCCGCUCGAUGACUUUUACCAGAAGGAGGAGAAAUUCUCUCAAGAGUUGUCUUUCUUUACAAGAAAGAAAUUUUUUGAGGGCAUAGCAGAUGUAGCUGGGUCAAGUGAAGGUUCACGCUAUGAGAUUCUAGAAAUUAACGACCCCAAUCUGUCUUUAAUCAGAGGUGGAGGUCAAGCAAUUAACAUCAGCCAAUGCAAAGAACUGUCUAGGAUUCAAAAGAGUUUUCCUGCUGCUAAAUUGAAACACAUAGAAGCAAAAGUUGCAAGUGUUCAAGCUGAGCGUCGCUUAGAAACCGCAGAAGAUAUCUUGAAGUUGAUUCAGGCAGGGGAAUUCUCCAAAGAUUGUAACUCUAUCAAUGAACGACUGAGUGCUGCUGACUCCUCUCUACAACGAGUGGUGCGGGAUUUAGAGACUUUGUCUAGAGAUGAAAUCCCAGGGUUAAUUCAGGAGAGUAUGGGUGCUCAGGUGUCUCACAUCCUGACCGGGGACUACAACCUAAAACUGGCUCGACAGGAUUACUUCAUCUCUAACCAAGACCAGGUUAUCCGUCCUUUAGUUCAACAGAGGGCGAGGAAUGAGUUUCUGACCAUGGCCUUUGAACUUGAAAACCGUAACCAUAGGGACAUACAUCGUCUGCUGGUGGCUGUGAAGCAGCUUUUGCAGAACCACUUAAAAGGAUGGCAGGCCAGAAUGAAAAUGAUGGAGGACCCCCUGUUGACGUCAGCCAAGUUCAAGAGAAGCACUAUAGACUCCAGGGACAGUUUCUCCAAACGAUUACAUCAAGUGUUGGAAGUAGAAGACACACAGCACCUUUUCCUUACAUACUCCAGCCUAGAAGAUGGAGCAGGCAAACUGAGGCACUCUUACUCUGCCAGCUGUAACCAUGCAGAUACAGUCAGGGGAAGCCAGGAUGAACUGCUAGAGGUUCUAGAACAGAAUAUGCAGUCUAGUGAGGAGAUGAUGUACUCUGGCUCCAGUACAACACAUGGCCAACCAUCCAUGACCCCACCUCAGCUUCAGUCAACCAUGACUCAGUUAGAGGGAAUGCUGGGAAGGCUUGAACACACCAUCAAAGACACAGUUCGGAAUCUGGAGCAAAAGAAACAGACUUUGAAGAGUGACCCUCUGUUAUACAAGGAAAGAAAAUUGUUCAUUUAUUUCUUCACCAACCCUCCGUGUUUAAGACAGUUAUUUGAGGAGAUGUCAUCUAGACUACAGGCCCAGAAAUUACAGUGAUGAAAAAUUUCAGUUCUUCUACAUAUUUUGUUUACAUGUUUAUGUUGCUGAUGACUACACCUUGAAAGAGUUUAUCAAAAUAGAAGGAAGUGAUUUAAUCAAGAAAAACAUGAUAAUAUGAAAUAAGUACACAUGUCAAAAAAUGUCCAAAAGCAUGCUAUUCUGGAGUUUUUCGAUCCAUGAUUUUCAAAAAUUUAGUUCAAUAAAUAACAAUAGUUCAAGAAUACACAGGAGACCGGCCGACUUGAACUCAGGAUGUGUGGUUCACUAACCUGAUUCCUAUAUACAAAUAAUUUCACAAAACAUUUCAAUCACCAUCUUGUGACGUAGUUUUAGGAGAUGUAUACGUUUUGAUGUAGCAAGCUAUUUUAAUUAUGCACUGCUAUAAAAACAAUUGACCAUAACGCCAUCCUUAACAAACUACUGAUAUACUGUAACCCUGCUCCUCAUAUAGUAAUGAGUAAGUACAUAUUGAUAUGCAUGUAUUUGAUUUAAAUAUUUGUUAUGGUGCCAACACUGUAACCCCCAUUUUCAAGGUCAUAUCCAAAAAAUCUGUGACUUUGCUUUUAAUGCUGAGCUUUUGGCAAAGGAACAGUGACUUCCUCUGUUAAACAUCUUAGGUUUAAUGAGGUGCUAGAGUCAAGAAUUAAACUCAGGACCUCCCUGCUGUGAAAUGUGUGCUCAAACCAAUAGGUUACUGUGAAUAGAUGUAAUUUUUAGUAGCAGUGUAUAUCUAAAGGUGAGUAUUAUGACACACUGGCUCUGUAACAUUCUUACUAUUAAUCUAAAGAAACAGUCAGUCAGGAAUGUACAUAUGAUUGUCUACAGAUAUCAAACUUUCUUUGCUACUUUAAAUCUCUCCAAAUUUUCCGUAACUCAUCUUUUCACUCAAGUGGCUAAGACCAUUGUGCGUCAGUUUCAUUGAUUCUGGGGAAAAAACAAAAAACUUUUGACAGUAUUAAAAGAACUAUUGUUUGGGAAACCAUCUUGCAGUAUAUGAAUACUAUAAAAAUUCUUCUACAACAUUUGAAAAAUUAAAAGUUGGAAACAGAAAAACAUACUUUGAAAUUGAAUUAGGAGUAAGACAAGGCAGUGUAAUGUUUUAUACACUUUUUAUAAUGACAAUGGUCCUUUGUCGAACACACUGUAAUCCCCAGGGAAUGGUCUCCUGUUAAACAUCCUUAUUAAGAACAUUCUAUAUAAACUUGUGACCAGUGUAUUAUGUACGCCUGUUAGAUAUCGUCUUUUAUUUUCUAGAAAUGUUUAUCGAUUACACAUGUUAUUUAUUCAUUGAAUGUCUGAAAUAGAAGAAGUAAAUAAAUCUUUAUCUCCCACUC